AUGGGUGACCGAACGCCGCCGCGGACCAGCAACGCCUCAUCCAAUUCCCAAACUCCGACCCCACCGCCGCCUCCCCUACCGGCCGCCGCCGCCGCCGUCUCCCUCCUCCAGCCGGCCAGCAAGAACAAGAAAUCCAAGCCCAAGGUCGUCCGCGUCUUCCGAUCCGUGUUCCGCUCCUUCCCAAUAAUCGGCGCCCCGGCCUGCCGGAUGCCGAUCCUCCUCUCGAGCGGGUUCUCCGACGGGCCGAAUCGGGGCGGGGUGUCGGGCACCCGGGUCACGGGCACCCUGUUCGGGUACCGGAAGGGCCGGGUCAGCCUCUCGAUCCAGGAAACCCCCAAAUGCCUCCCUUCCGCCGUCGUCGAGCUCGCGAUGCAGACGAGCGUCCUGCAGAAGGAGCUCGGGUCGGGGAUGCUCCGGAUCGCGCUCGAGUGCGAGAAGCGGGCCGACAACGGCGACGGGAACAGCAGCAAUAAGAUGAAAUUGCUGGACGAGCCGCUGUGGACGAUGUACUGCAACGGGAAGAAGACGGGUUACGGCGUGAAGAGGGAGGCGACGGCGGAGGAUUUGCAGGUGAUGGAGCUGUUGAAGCCGGUUUCCAUGGGGGCUGGGGUUUUGCCUGGGAACGCGGAGACGGAAGGGGUGGAAGGCGAGCUGGCGUAUAUGCGGGCCUUUUUCGAGCGGGUCGUUGGGUCCAAGGAUUCUGAGACUUUCUAUAUGUUGAGCCCAGAAGGGAAUAAUGGGCCGGAACUCACCAUCUUCUUUGUCCGCGUGUAA